AUGAAGUCGUCGAUAUCGUACUUCGCCUCCUCGUUCUGGUGGGACCUGCCUCCAAGAGGCCGCUUCGACGCGGAGAUCCGCUCCGGCGAGGAGCGCAUCCGCCUCGGCACGUUCGAGACGACGCACGAGGCGGCGGGCGCCUACGAUGCCGUCGCAUGGCGCCUCGGCCGCUCCCGCCGCACAAUGAAUUUCCACGAUGUGUGGAUGCGGGAGCAGACGGAGGCGCUCGCGCAGCCGUCGCCGGCCGUCACGCGCGAUCUGCAGCGGCGCCAGUGCGAGCUCGAGCAGCGCCUCGUCAUCAUGGAGCGCAACGAGAGACUCCGCCUCGAGUGGGCACGGCAGUUCCCGGAGGACGUCGCCGCGGAUGAGGCCUUCUACGCGAAGAAGAAGGAGGAGAAAGCGGCAGCGGCGAAGAAGAAGGCGGAUCGCGACUAG